CCAGCACAGUGCACUGCACACACACACACACACACACCGCAGAAAAACGUUUUGGACUGAAGUGACGCUUUAUUUUGUGAAAAUGUCUGAGAAAGUUGUGUUGCAUUACUUCGAUGGAAGAGGGAAAAUGGAGUCGAUCCGAUGGCUUUUGGCCGCGGCUGGAGUCGAGUUUGAGGAGGUGUUUUUGACCAAGAGGGAGCAUUAUGAAAAACUGGUGAAUGAGGGAGCCCUGAUGUUUCAGCAGGUUCCUCUGGUUGAGAUAGAUGGGAUGCAGCUUGUGCAGUCGAGGGCUAUCCUGAAUUACAUCGCUGGAAAAUACAACCUCUACGGAAAAGACCUUAAAGAACGGGCUUUGAUUGACAUGUAUGCAGAGGGCCUUAGUGAUCUAAUGGAUCUUUUAAUGAUGUCUCCUUUUACACCUCCUGAAAACAAGCAGAAAAGUCUCAGUAAUAUAGAGCAAAAGGCAAAAGAGCGCUUCCUCCCUGUGUUUGAAAAGGGUCUUGCAAACUCUCAUUUCCUGGUGGGAAACCAGUUGAGCCGCGCUGAUGUCCAUCUUCUGGAAGCCUCUCUGAUGCUGCAGGAGUUAUUCCCUACAAUACUGUCAACCUUUCCCAAAGUCCAGGCGUUCCAGGGGAAAAUGAAGGCCUUACCAAGAAUCAGCAAAUUCCUGCAGCCGGGCAGUGCGAGAAAGCCUCCGCCUGACGAGGUGUACGUGAACACCGUGAAGGAGGUGUUGAGCCACGGCUUUAAGUAGAAGUGAACUAACUUACAAGCUUCUUUAUUAAAACUGACACGCGAACAUGGACAGAUUUAUUUGGAAUGUACAAGAUACAGUUAUAAUAAUGUGAAAUGAACAUCGCAGCUGUUCA